AUGGGGGACCAGCAAAAGGAUAUUCCUCGCAGUACCAGCAUUACCGCCUCAAGUAGCAGCACUGUCGUCGGUGGCUCUACUGGCGAUGGGGAGGCAAAGGCGAGCCAGAGGGUCAAGAGCUCCAAGGCAAGCAAAAACAACCUCCAAGGCGCAAGACGUCGAGCUCGUCGUGGUGCAGGACCGUCGCAGCCGCACGGUGACCACGAUGGACUCAGUCAUAGCACUACCACCAACGCCAGCACAGUUGAAGUCCCCUUCAGCUUCGACCGCAGUCUUUCUGCGUCCUCGUCGAUGAACCAAGGGCGAGAACGAGAAUCGUCUUCUGAAACACAUUCCACGGACCAGAAUCUAUCGGAUCUCUUGGGCGGGCUGAAGGUCAACGAGCAAGGCGUUGCGCCGUACUUGCGACGCAAACCAGUCGGAGACGAACCCUCGGCAGCCGAUGACGACGAAGCCGGCAACAACAAAGAUGGCGAAGAUGACGAAUCCGAGUAUCUGAAUCUUGUUCUGCCCAUGACAAAACUUCCCGGUCAUAAACUUCAAAUCCCCCCUGCGCUCAUGCCUGCAGACAGCACAGCACAGCGAUAUUUCAAGCUCUACUUCGACAAUGUUCACCCGUAUGUUCCGGUCCUGGAUAAGGUGGCUUUCUAUCACCAGUGGAAUACCCGCCGGGCGUCUAUUUCCCCCUUGAUAUUGGAAGUCGUGUUUGCCAUUGGAAGUCGGCUAGGUGAAGAUUGUCCGAGAGUUAGCAAUCAGUGGCUGGCUCUGGCUUCAAAGCACGCGGAUGACUUCAUGGACGUUCCGAGAUUAAGUACCCUCCAAGCCCUUCUGAUUCUCCUCAAAGCUCGGGAAGUGGCUCCCAAACGUGGUUACUUUUACCGCUCGUGGAUGAUGAUUAGUCAGUGCGUGAGAAUGGGGAAAGAUCUCGGCUUGGACGAACACUAUGAGAAUCAUCAAGCAGGGGACUCUGGUAUAUGCGACUUGAGUCCUGCCGAAUGCCAACUUCAUACACGACUCUGGCAGGUCGUUUUUGUUGUUGAAGCAAUGAUUGGAAAUCCUCAAGGCCGGCACGAUUUAUGCGUGAACGUUGAAUCCGUCAACUUCAACGAACCACCACCAAACUCGGCGAGUCCUAGCAUUGGGGAUGAUGACCAGAGCGAAUAUACCGUGUCUAGAGCCUUUACCUACAUGGCUCGUCUUGUACGAAAUGUCCGAAACCUGAAUGGGAUAUAUCUGAGACUGAGGAAGGGAAAGGACUGGGGCACCCAACCCGAGUAUCUGGCAUUUGAGCCAAGCAUGACCUCAUUUCUCUCAAGCCUUCCAGCCGAUCUGUUGGUUGAAUAUCCCGGAGACAACACAUCGCCGCCCUGGCUACCAUCUGCAUUUCUGGGCAAUCUACAUUCGUACUACCACCUCUCUAUUAUAUUGUUCCACCGAGGGGUUUUGGGAUUUCUCGAUCCCGUGGUGAACAAGGCCCUUUGGAAGCGGCACAUAAUGAUCUGUUACGACUCAGCAAGAUAUCUCUGCCGACUCCAAGAGGCAGUCAGGAAGCAAUUUGGCAUGGUAGGACUGCAGAGUAUGCAACGCGGUUACAGCUUUACAGUGUAUUCGGGACUCUCGUGCAUAGUCCUCCAUUUGGUGGCCAUUGUCUCGCCGGACCCUGAUUUGAACACUGGUGCUCGCGAGUAUUUCGAGCGUUGCAUGAGGUUGAUGGAGGAAGUCAUGCAGGCGUGGUGGAUGCCGGAUUUACAGAAGCAAAUCGAUGCGUUUAGGGAGGCAUUCUCGGCCGACCUAAGCAAACCGUUUGUACUCAGACCAGACUUUCCAAACAUUCGUCCGCGGCGAUCGCCGUCAAGCCAGCCAGAGAAGCCGCCCCCAAUAAUAAAACCCGAGCCGGUCGACAGUGUGAACUAUCCCUAUACCCAGGCAGCAACAGGUCAGCAAGCAGAAUCGCCUCUGCUAGACAUGCCACAGCACGAUCUUGCCACCGGCGCCUCCACGCAUCUAGAACCGCAGAAUCUACAAAUACAGUCAUCGCCAACGCACUCCAACUGGAAUACAGACCGCAUCUUCCAAACCUGGAACUCACUGUUUGGCCCGCCACCACAGCUAGAACCGUUCCCCGGCACUGCUGUACCUCCACAGACUCCCUUGCCCGCCAUGGACAAUUACACCUUUGCCAAUGUAUCUUCUGGGCCUGCGGGUGGGUUCCCUCUACCGGACAUGCAAGCCCUGGGACCUUCCUCACAGUUGCCUAAUUUUGAAAACCCUCCUCAAGUCGGCUUGCAGCCAGAGACGACGCAGCAGUACCCUGCCAAUGCGAUGCCGGGACUCUUCUCGCCCAGCAUGUGGCAGAAUUUGGCGGCGGCUAUGUACGAAGAUGGGCAGAAGCGCCACUUGUAG